GUUAUCAUCAGUUUGAACGUUCUCAUAAAAUGAAAAACUGAGCAGCAGCAAGACACAAGGAAAAUGUUGUGGAUUAAGUCAUUGAUAAUUGCUGUAUUGUGUCUUCUGGCCAUAAAGCAAGGAGUUGCUAAGUCUGCUAUACCAGAUGAUGUCCAUAACAACCCUGGAAGACUUCUUAAACCUUCUGAUGGCAAUGUAUCAUGUACAGGUGACCUCAACAUAAUCAUCACAGUGCAUGAAUGGGUUAUAAAGAGUGAGAAUGUAGACACAAGUGAAGGACUACACAUUGAGGGUAGACCCGACUGUGUCAUCUACUAUGACAACAGCAUUAAGGAGUUCAGUGGGGUUUUGUCACUCACUGAAUGUUUUGAUCUUAAAUCUGACGACACCUAUGAGACAUUUGAUGCUAAACUAGUUGGUGACACCCACCUUCAGCAGAAUGGAGUUAUUAUAAGAAAGAACCAGUUAGCCCUAGAAGUGAUAUGCAAGUACAAACGCAGCGAACAAGUUGACGCUACUGACAUCACAUCGAGCCUUGGGAGUGCCACCUAUAUGUAUAAAGAUGAAGCGAUGGGAACAUUCCAGUUCACAUUCAAUAUGUAUGAAGAUGCAAAUAUUACAAUCCCAGUUGGAGAAAAACAGAUAUCAACGGAACAAAUGGUGUACGCUGACAUAAGACUUGCAAAUGUAGUCGGCAAUGAGCUAAAGAUGGGUGUGGUUGACUGUUUUGCUUCUCCAAGUGCUAAGAAGGACGCAGAUGGCAUUCUCAACCGAUAUUACCUUAUUAGGAACAGAUGUUUCACCGAUGACACUGUAAAGACUAUUGUAUCCACAACGUCAAGAUAUGAAUACGGGUUUAGGUCAUUUGAGUUUACAGGAGACAUCAACUCAAUCUAUGUUCAUUGUACCGUGGCUCUUUGUAUGGCAGAGGACAACACAGGAGCUUGUGAACAACCAAAGGUUUGUUCUGAGACACCUUCAAACCUCAGGGAAAGUAGAGAGAUUCAUAUUGAACAUAGUGACACAAACAGAAAGGGGGAGAGAAUACCCAGGAGUCCCAUUGAGAAUAUUGGCAAAGACAGAAUGGUCAGAGAGUAUCCUAUAUCAAGUGGAAAAAUACUGGUCAAGAGUCAAGAUACCAAAUUUUCAAUAAAGAAACUUACUGGGGGAGCUUCAUGGACAUUUAUCUACUUGGGCACUGUAUUCCUUAUACUGAAUGUCUUCCUGGGGAUUGCUUUGAUUCUGACUAGAAAGUGCAGAUGUAAAGAAAAUGUAUACUUGAAAGGAACCAUAUACAGAGAUCAUCUAUACCAUGCAUUGCCCCAAUAGAU